UACAGGUUUACUAGCACCUGUCGGUACUCCACUACACUAGUUUUCUAUUACAUCGUAUUAAUUUUUAAACGACGAAUCGGUUAAUUAUGUACCCUAAGUAAAACUAGACUCGGAUAACAAUAUUUACGCCAAUCUAGCCAUGUUUAUUCCUUAAAGGUACAAUAUCCGCCACUCCUCUCGAGAGCUAUAGAGCGGAUGAGACAACCGCAAUGGUACAUGUCUUAGUUUUGGUGAAAUGAACGUCAAAAGGGUCAAGACUUUGCUUGGGGAAACAUGAACCGUGUUUAUGCCCGGCCUGGAAGAGCAUUUGUGAUGUUAGUUCUAUCACUUUUGAUCUUCAUGGCAACUGUACCUGUGGGAAAUGGUUUCUACGGCAGGAAGAAAGCUUAUUUGAAGACAAUUCAACCAAGAAGGGGAACUUUCAAAUGGGUUAGAUGGUCGGGCAGUGGCGACCACCAAGAGAACCAAAGUCCUUCAGAUAACACAAAUAUUAAACGCGUUAAGGUGACAAACGGCUUCCCGAUUACAGUAGGUUUUAGGCGAAAAAGGGAAUAUACACUGACUGACUCUGGUAGUUCAAGGUCAAAGCAGGGAAAAGGUAAGACAGAUUUUAUUUGGAGGAGGAAUAAAUUGCCCUUUGCAAGAAGGCAGUUUUGGAGUUAUUACCGAGACUCGGAUCCAUGGUAUGACACAAAGCUUUACAGAAAACAGAUAAAACAGAUUUCCAACAAUGAACCUGUAGUAGAUGAUGAGCCCUACAUUGUUCUUCCUCCCGAUAACACGAUCAACAGCAAGCAUGAAGCUUUUUUAUUGGAUGAGGAGGGUGCAACUUCAACUGCAGCGCCGACAUUUAAACCAACAGCUGCACCUACAACACCACCACCGCCACCACCUACAACAACACCAACAACGCCGGUAACAACACCAACUACAAUCCCUCCGAUAACAACCCCGCUUCUGACAACCCCGCUGACCACACCAUUAACCACCCCAUUGCCGCCUACUACCAAACCGACAGAGAAGCAGGUCAUAGCUAUCCAGGCUGCGACUCCGUUUAAAAGAGCGCCGCCAACUGGCGCGGCUAACAUUAAUCUGAACCUGGAGAUUGGAGAAAAUGGGGAAAUUGGUCAGGCUGAGCAGCACGAAAGUGUUCCAAUAACACCAACAGCGCCAAGCUUUUACCCUCUCACUUUGCCAUCUCAAGAGGAAUCUGAAACGCAGCCCACUCCACAGAUAAUAUUAGCACCAGUGCCAGCGGCACCGGAAACGCCUCAGCAACCUCAGAUAAUAAUGCCACAGUCUGCUCAGCCACCACCCCCAAUACAAUACGCCUACGCACCCCCACCACCACCACCACAAUAUGUUAUCGCACCUCCACCGCCAGCACCACCACCUCCAACAUACGUUAUUGCACCCCAGCCACAACAAGCCCAGACCGCCAUGAUGUAUCAACAACCUGGAAAUCAAUACCCACCUGCUCCCGCGGCCGCUCCUCAAAUGUAUCUAGAACAAGCGUCACCUCCCCGAACUAUAAUAGCCGCCCCUUCGCCUCUAGUCGGUCCACCAAAUUUGGCCCCUCCCCCAGGGCAAGUUACUGUUGCCGCAUCGCCACCAGCUGCAAUAACAGUGUCUUCAAUCCCUCCAUCACCCACGGGAGACCUUAACAACAUGUUAAUGUCUAGCCCCGUGCCAGGAUUAUCUCCUUUAUCGCCAAUGUCCUCCCUUCUCUGGAAUAGAUUUGUGCCUCAAGGAGGUUCCAUGUACCCUAUGGGAAUGGGAGGUCUCCAGUCACCAAUGCUCCAGAAUAUGAAUUCACCGUGGCCUCAAUAUGCUUCACCAUUGGCCCAGCUGUCUCAGCAGUACCCAUCUCCUCUGAUGUUUUCAUCGCCGUUUUCCUUACCUGGGGUCCAACAGUUUCCUCAAGCCACAGGAGGGUAUGAUCCCCUUCUUUACAAUGGCAUUACCACCUUGUUUGCAAAUGCCAUUCGUUCUUCGAUGACUCAGUCACAGCCAAAUGCUCUUGCGUCGGCAUUGUCUCUUGCCGCGAAUCAAGCUCAAGCACGCAGUCAACCACCUGACCUGCUAACGGCUGCUUUGAUACAAGCUUUGUCUCAGAACAUGCAGCAAGGCAUUCAACCAAUCAGCAAUGCAAGAUUAGUGCAAGCAUUAUCGCAGGCAUUGUCUCAAGCCCAACCUGGUACCUUGCCCAAGCCUAAUCCUGCCCCUCCUCCUGUCUCUACCAAUGCCGCACCACGGCCAUCACUGCAACAGCCACUUUCCAUCCAACGCCCUCUUGGGCAGCCAUUACAAGUGGUUCCCCCCGUCACAGGACAAGAUGCACCUGCCCGAGACUCAAGGUCCAACAGUAGUAACAACGAGUACUCCGUAAACAUGGUUGGAAAGGCUUUAGCCAAUGCCCUAAUCAAAGCAGCUAGGAAAGUUGCCACUCUAGAACCGCGUGUAGCUUCGCGGAGACGCAAAGGAUCCCGUUACAGACAUCACAAUCGUGAUCAUGAUAAUUACCAUUAUCGUGUACGGUCUUUUGUUCCAUUACUGUACACGCAUUUGCCAGUUUUGAAUCACCAAAGACUCGGCCGUAAUACUGUCGCAAAAUGGACAGGUGAAAAUAUGAACAAAUAUUUUGCUAUGUUCCGUUCAUUCUGGAGACGGAUUUCAUCUCCUUGUCGCUCAAGAGCUUGCUAUAUGUGUUAGCAACGUCAUGACUAACAUUCGGUAGUAGUAUCGCACAAAAUGUAAAAUAUUUCUUUUUUUGUAGUAUUCGCAUAUUUAAAGAGCAAAGUCCAACCACCGUCUGGAAAAAGCAUCCAAAAUGGUCUUAGUUUGCAUAUAUAGGACCGACUAUGGCUCACUUUUUGUUUAAGUCGUACUUUUACGUAGAUCGUUGAAAUUAAGCUAGUUACACUAGAGAUCAACGUCUCGACAUAAAAUAGUUUAAGGACAAAGCGAGCACUUCACGCCCCACUGUGCCUCUCGUAACUCAAGUCUAGGAAUUUGUUUCUGCAAGAGAGGACGAACAUUGGCCCAGGUAACCCCUGUCAACUUUUGUUUUGUUUUUUUUUUGUUUGGAGAAGAUACCCAUUUCUUCUUCGGAGGAUAUUAGCAAGUACAUCGUGUGAUUGUUUUAUUGGAGGACGAAAAUGCGUCAGUGAAGAGCUGCCGUUUUAGCUGGCUGUAAACGUAAGCGACGUUACAAAAAGAUGCUAAACAUUCCUCAAAAUUUGGCUCAAGAGUUUCUCAAUAGUCCUUCACGAUUAUUUUUUCAUUUGCAUUACAAUAUAAAUUAAUUCGAAGUGGAUAUGAGGACAUUUCAGGUAGAAACUACAAAAUUACACGACAUGUCCUCACUAACAUGGUGGAUUGUAUUUUAAUGCAAAAGAGAAACGUUAGCGUUAACCGGCUAGCUAUUAAACUGAUCCAGAAAGAAGUA